AUGGCCGAAAUCUACAACCCGGGGUCGGUGUCACAGCCACUCGUGAUUGAUGACGACGAUGGCUAUGAGUCGUUGUCAGGUAUCAAGCAUGAGCUUGAGGAGGGUCAUCUUCUUCUCGAAGAAAGAUUCGAUGUCGACGAUGUUUUCGAAGUCGACGAGUACGGCAACGAGGUCAACCCUUUUGAGGAGUUGGACCAGGAGUACCGGGCCGAGGGCCGACUGGAGGGCGACUUGUACGAGGUAAUUGACCUUACCGAAGAUGCCGACGACAACGCGGCAACUUCACGGCCAAGGACGGCGACAGCCAGCGAUGAGGACAUUCUCCAAUACUGGACACUGGACGACGGGCUUCUUCUUACGCCACACAUGACGGUGGAGCUCCGACCUUCCGUGGACCAAGAGGCAAUCGAGUUUCUCCGUAUCCUCUCCAUCGUGAAGAUUACCGAGCCUGAACGAACUUUCGUCGUGCUCCGCGGCUGGGGCUUCCGCAGGAGCCGGAACUUCCAAGGCUGCCUCCCCAAGAAGCUGAACGAGGUUUGCUUGAUCGCCAAGAUGAAAACCUCAGACAAGCGGGGUUGGAAGGAGCAAGCCCUCAUCGACGUGGAUCCCAGGCAGGUGAUGAUGCUCAGGGAUCUCCGGAUGACCAAUGCCGACUUCCCAGAUUACCGGUUCAACGCUAACGAAUAUCACCGGCUGGGCAAGGAGAUGAUCAAGGAGUCUGGGCCUCUCGUCUGCCGGUGGAGGAAAGAGGAGCACCGCCAUCCGAGGACGAAAACCGCCUGCGAGUUCGCCUUUGUCAGGCUAAGCGAGGAUGAGGUUGAUGACCGAUACCGAGUGAAGGACGCACAGAUGGUGAACAGGUGGAGAGGGGGUGUUGUCCCUGGUGGCUCACACAUCCCCAACCGGGACAGCCCCGGUCUAGUUCUCGACCUCGAGGACGAAGGGUCAGAACAGGCCAGUGAUCUCCAGCCCGGGCAGCGCUAUACUGCCGCGGAUAUUUUCGCCGGUGCGGGUGGCGCCUCUCGGGGUAUCGAGCGCUCCGGUUGCCGACUUCUGUUUUCUCUCGACCACUGGGAGCCCGCCGCGAGGUCCCUCCGUCGCAAUUUCCCCGGCACGCAUAUCUACCAAAAAGAGGUAACCGACUUUGUGACCGAAGAUCUCCCGCCCGAGCAUUCCUACCCGGACAUCCUCCACCUCUCCCCUCCGUGUCAGUUCUGGUCCCCGGCUCACACCGUCGCCGGGAAAGAUGACGAGAAGAACAUCGCUGUCCUCUUCAGCUGCACCGACCUCAUCAAGAAGCUCCGCCCCAGGGUUUUCACGGUGGAGCAAACAUUCGGUCUCGUCCACGAUCGUUUCCGUCUGUAUUUCCACACCUUCCUGCAAGGUUUCACCUCGCACGGGUACUCCCUCAGGUACAAAAUCCUCCACCUGAACCAGUACGGCCUCGCCCAAACCCGUCGCCGGCUGGUCAUCAUCGGUGCUGGGCCAGGCGAGAAGCUUCCCCCGUUUCCUCCCCCUACCCACUCCAAAACACCCGAGGUCGACGGCCUGAAGCCUGUCGUGACCCCCUACCAAGCGUUGUUGGCGAUCAAGCGUAUCAAAAGCGGCCAUCCGAUGCACAAUCUGGCCACCGUUCAUCGGUUUGACCCGCCCAAGCGCCCUUGGGAUCCGAGCAAGCCGGUCAACACGAUCACCUGCUCUGGCGGCCAGAAUUACCACUGGUUGGGGGAGAGGCAAUUCACUGAUCUGGAAUAUGCUGUGCUGCAGGGGUUUCCACGCUGGCAUCAGUUUUCCGAAACCAAUGUCAAGAAGCAGAUCGGCAAUGCUUUCGCGCCGUCGGUGGUGAGGGUGCUAUACGAGCAUCUCAUCCGCUUUUUGAGGAAGCAGGACGGGGUGGCUGGCAGCAACUUACCUCCUUCGUCCUCGUCGGGUGACAGUUCCCCUAUUGCAAUCCCAGACUCGGACGAGGAGAGGGACGAGCUCCAGUUUCUGGGCCUGGGGGGCCUGGGCACAAAGGACCAGCCGAUGAAGUUGGAUGAUGAGGAGGUGGAGUACCUGGGGGAGUCCGCGAGGGGGUGGUCAGCAACGAUGACUGGACGGUGGGACGGAGGGAGGGAGGGGGUUGGCAGGCGGGCGAGGUGUGAGGCCCGGGGGUAUGAAGUUGAUACGGACGGGUGGCCGGAGUAUAGGGAGGAGGACUUUAUGGAGUUGGAUGCGGGGACGAUGCAGGACCCAGUGGUUAUUGAUUGGGAGACGUGA